CGCCGUGAUCGUCAUGGAGAACCUCGUCAGGAGCGAUAUCGUGAUCCGCCAAGGCGUUUUGUUCCCGUCUGUUACGAGUGUGGUGAACCUGGGCACUACAAGAAUCAAUGUCCCAGGCUAGUAGGCGAAAGUAGUAUGAAGUUUUCCUCCUCAUAUCGAGGACGAUCGACCUCGCCGGCGAACUAAGUGCAAAUGCGAGAACAACGAUCCGCAUCCGACGAACCGACUUUACUCAAGCAACUUGAUGACCUCGCUAGCUCCUUUGCUACUAUGAAGAACUACAUCGAUAAUGAGUUGGCACGCAAGGAAGAAAAAGAGAAGGAGAAGAAAGAGAAGGAGAAAAAAGAGAAGGAGAAGAGCAAACAAGAAGAGCGGGAGCGUGAGCAAAGAGAAGAGGAUGCGCGUUUGACUCGGGAGAAGCGUGACGAGAAGUGUCGGAUCAAGAAUGAGGAGGAGAAGCGAAAGGAGGCGGAAUUUCGGGAAGCUUUGCGGAAGGAUUUGAGGAUGGAGGUCCGCCGACACGUUGGCGGCGUAUGCGAAGAACUUCACCAUCGUUCACUUGAUACCUUACCAACAAGUAAGAUGAAGAAAGGUAAGGAGAAGGUUCCAGUGUAUCAUUCUACGAGUGACGAGGAAGAUAACUUGGAUAACAGUGAUGUUGAAGCCCUCAGCGAGCAAGCUGAAGGACUUGUGAUUAGCGAGAAGCGAAGCGUACUGCUGAACUUGUCGUAGGGAACAGCCCGCCGAUGGAGACUCCUGCUAAACGUCGUACUAAGAGGGGGCUGUGGGAUCCAAAGCACCUAGUCCUUAGUUGCCGUCAUCCAUCAAUGAAGAAAUCGUUGAACA